CCUCGAGUAUGGACGUCCGGUGGGCCAGCCCGUCGCCCGCCGGAAGAAAGCGAGAAAGCUCUGGACGCGGUCUGUGCUGAGCUAGCUCCCUGGCUCUCGCAAAGGUGCCUCUAAUGUCAAAGGGUCGAGGCCUCGCGCUCGCCCGCCCGCCCGCCCGCCCUGCCCGGGCGGAAAGCGGAAGGAACCCGGUCGCCUUUUCCGUGUCGUAAUUUCUCCAAACGUAUUCCGGGCUCGACUGGAUCGGUACGUAAAUAAAUACCGGCCCAUUUUUUCCCCGACUCACCCACUGACUGUAUUGGACCUUUCUGCGGGUUUCACCCGAUUCUCGCUUUUUCCCGUACCGUAAUAUCUGAGGUUAAUUGCCUUGCUUCGUGUCCCCCGUCGGCCUUAUUCUUUCCCCGCACCGUAUGCGUAUGCAGCCCCGCCACUCGUACGCCGAUCGGACGGCAUUUACGGCUCACAACUUUCCAGUGACACGGCGGCAACGCCCGCGUCGUCGGAAUCUCAAACCGGGCAGUCGGUGAGGUGAGUCAGGCUCGACUCCGCCGGGCUUUCGGCUCUUGCGUCCACAUCAUCUCGGCUCCAUUUACAGCACGACAACAGCGGCGCCCGCUGUACAUGCACGCACUCCCCUUGCGGCCGAUGGAUGGCAGCACCGCUAAAUCUAUCGAAGGUUGUGGCGGAGAAGCACGUCUCCGACCGCCCUGCCUCCCUCGAAAGCUCCUUCGCUCAGCCCUUCGCUGGGCUGGGGCCAAAGGCUUCCACCACGACGCUUGCAGCUUCUUCAUUUUAUUCGACAUGGCCCGCCAUAUCCACAGAUCUCUCGACCGGAUUCUUUGCUCGGCACUCCGGUAUAGGAAUUUCCCGUCAGGAAAAAGGGGAUGGGGAAGAAAUGCUCUCAAUAACAUCUGUCUUCCUCGACCGUCUAACUUCUCCACGUCUGUUAUGAAGUUUUCGCCUGUCUCUUGGCAGCGGUGAGCUCUCUGCGAGGUGAAUGCUCGAAAGCUCGAAUGUGCCCGUCAACUGGCCCGCUGCGAUCGAUCGGAUCUUAAAUGCGGUCGUCCUUGAGAUGGAAAGCAGAGCGCACAGUGGAGAAUCUAUGGAGAGCCAUGCAUGGGCUGGCCAAUGUCGAGCAGACAUGGCUCCUGAAAGCAGCAUUGUUAACGACGCAGCCAGCACAGGCCGACUCUUGCGCCUUGUCACUGAAGUCCCUCUUGCCAUCCUCGGGCAGGGCGGCCUUGUGCGUCUCGCUAUUCUCCGAACUGGCCCCGUUCGAAGUCGGCCUUAUCCCGACCACUCUCGCUCUCCUUCCGUGAUCGUUCUGCACGCCGGGAGGAGUCCGUCGAGGACAGCGAGCCGGUCAGCACAUUCCCAGACAAAGCGGCAAAUAAAAUAUGGUUAGAAAAGCGGACGAGCACAUACUACGUUACGCAAGUCAAGGUACUCUAAAACCCUAAAUCUGCCCGCAUCCUUGACGGUGCUCGUCAGUGAUACGAGAAGGACAAAGUAUGUAGACAGAGGCAGCCGAUCCUACUCACUCGCACAACGCGACCAGUCACAAGAGCGAGCGCGAGGCAUGAGAGAAAUAGUUUACACGAAAAAGUGGGGUGAUGAAUGCGGCAGUAAAUGCGAAAGUAGGAAAGGCCAAAACCGACGUAGAAAUGAAAGUUAACAUGGGAGGCAUUAGAAUAAAGAAUGGGGAUAAUAGUCAUCUGAGCCCCAGCUUUUUGGUAAUGGUCGUCCUUGCUCCUUCGGCAGACGGGAGAAGGAAGCGAGCCGCGCUCAAAAGUAAUGUUGAUUAUAUUAAGGCAAAAGUGGGUGAGAUACUUCUCUCCAAUUGGCCACCUUUACAUUUGCGCCCACUUUUAACCGUGGCCCUUUUUGUAACAUGUUAUCGACUUUGCUACAUUCAAAGCAAGCUUUUCGGGUUAGGGAUAAGCGCCAUUGCUCAAGCCCAUUUGUCAACUUGUGCUGCCAGUGGACCCGAAGUAAGCCCAUGCCAUGUGAGUCACUCGGCCUCGUUUGUCAAAAUGACCACCACUUGGCUCUGCUUCGCUUGGCUUCGACCCAGCGCGCGCUCCUCGACACUGUUGUUCUAUGUUGUGUGCGCACCGCCUACCUACCGAGGCCGCCGUCGUACGUCGUCAAACCUUGUCCCCGUUCGCUCCUCCCCUCACCUCGCUGAGCCUGGCUCCCCUCUCAUCGAUCCUUCUCCAUGAGUCCGUGACUCAUCCUUUUGUUGCUUCUUCGCGCUUCGCCCACGAAGAAUCGCUCCACGCCCGACCGCCCGGUCCGUUCGCUGCCGUCCCCAUUCCAUCCCGUCCCUCGGGGCCCUGGGAUGCCGCUGCUUCGUGAACCAACUGACUGUCUGCUGCGUUGCUGCUCUCGGAACAAAAGUGCCUGCUCUGAAGCACCCAUCGAUCCAGACACGGACGAUGGUAACCACUGUACUGCUUUUGAAGAGCAAUUCCAGCUUUUCGUGGAUCAUCUCAUGGAAGCAUCGUAGGACAGGUUGAGAAUCCGACCCGGAAAGUUCGAGCUCAGUAGCUGGUUGUUGUGCAUUUCCUAUUAUCGCUGGACUUUACAGAGCGACCAAAGGCGAGAAGCCAAUUGACGGUAUCACAAUCAUAGUCGGAAUAUGCCACGGUCGUUUGAAAAAGAUCAGAUCAAUGUUGCCAUCGGGGAAACUUUGAAUAUCGAUGGCCAAAAAGCGUUUGCCCCUCGACUAGAUAUUGCU